GGCAGAGCCGGGCAGCCGUGACGGGUCAGCGCUUCGGCUGCCGGCUUCUACGCGUGUCCUGGCUUCCGUUUAUUAGACUGCUUUCGUAGUUUGCGGAGAGAAACGGUGAUUUUUUUUUUUUCCCCCUCCAACUUAGUCUGAACUAUGUGUUUUCGUCGAUAGUUAUGGGUGGAGAUGUAUUUGCAGGAUGGGGAAAAAAAAACCCCAUCUGUGCUGUACCUGUCACUUCAUGGUUUAUGAACAGCGAAUAUAGUGAUUUGGGAAAAACUUAAGCGUUUAUGUUGCUGGAAUUGGAAGAUUUUAAGGAAGACAAGCUGGAAGAGUUGCACAGGAUCAAAUACAAGUAAUUUCCUUUAGGUUGGUUCAAUCAACUGCUAAAAAAAUGCUAUCUCUGAAUGAAGAUCAGUUAAUAACUAAGCAGCUCACCGUAUCAUAAGAGCCUAUUGAGGAUUCAACAAUUUACUUUCAUAAAGAACAAAGGAAGACGUCAGAAGUUGACAUACCAGAAGUAUCUGCAUGUAUAAGAAAUUACAGAUGACUGUAGUUGAGUAAUAAGGGCUUGAUAUUAAGUCGUAAAACAGGUACUUGUUUUCAAGAAAUACAAUGGACAACAUGAAAAAAGUUUCUAACAGCUCUUGCAAUGACGGACUUCUACUUAGAAUGGGCCUUAAUGAUAACAAAGCUGGAAUGCAGGGUUUGGAUAAGGAGAAAAUCAAUAAAAUCAUCAUGGAAGCUACCAAGGGUUCUAAAUUUUAUGAAAAUGAACUUAAGAAAGAUCAACAAGUUAACCAACGAAUUGAAAAAAUGAUGCAGCUAAAAGAGAAAAUCACAGCCCAACAGCUCUUGAAAGCACAGAUGCAGGUGGACAAACUUGUGAUAGAACUGGAACAGAACCGUAACCUUAGCAGUACAAUUGUACAUAUUGACAUGGACGCCUUCUAUGCAGCUGUGGAAAUGCGAGACAAUCCAGAGCUGAAGGAAAAACCUAUAGCAGUGGGAUCAAUGAGUAUGUUGUCCACCUCAAAUUACCAUGCUCGGAGAUUUGGGGUACGUGCAGCCAUGCCUGGAUUUAUUGCUAAAAGGCUAUGUCCCCAUCUAACUAUAGUACCACUAAACUUUGAAAAAUACGGCAAAGUGAGUAAAGAGGUUAGAGAAAUACUGGCUGAAUAUGAUCCCAAUUUUAUGCCUAUGGGCCUAGAUGAAGCCUACCUGAACAUAACAGAGCACUUGGAGGAAAGGCUGAACUGGCCUGAAGAUAGAAGAAGGUUCUUUUUUAAUACAGAAAGCACUACAGGAAUAGAUAAAGAUUGUGUGAAUAUGUCUGCCAAAUUUAACGAAGGUGAAGUCUCUUCUUCACCAGUGCUGUUUGAAGACAACACAUCUCUGAUGGAUGACGAACAUGAACAAAGAGGUCUAUCAGUGGAAAACUCAGUUGUCUUUGGAACUUCUGCAGAGGAAGUUGUGAAGGAAAUUCGCUUUAGGAUUGAGCAGAAAACUCAACUGACUGCUAGUGCAGGAAUAGCACCAAAUACAAUGUUAGCAAAAAUGUGCAGUGAUCGUAAUAAGCCUAAUGGCCAAUACAGAAUUACUCCUGAGAGACAAGCAGUGCUAGACUUCUUAAAAGAUUUGCCCAUUAGAAAGGUGCCAGGUAUUGGAAAAGUAACAGAGAAGAUGUUAAAAGCACUUGGAAUUGUGACUUGCUCAGAACUUUACCAGCAGAGGGCGCUGCUUUCUCUUCUUUUUUCAGAAGUAUCUUGGCGUAAUUUCUUGGAUAUUUCACUUGGUUUGGGCUCAACACAUUUGGAAAAGGAUGGAGAAAGAAAAAGUAUGAGCACUGAAAGAACAUUCAGUGAAAUUAACACAGCAGAAGACCAGUACAGUUUGUGUCGAGAGCUCUGCAGAGACCUUGCUCAAGAGUUACAAAAAGAGGGACUUAAGGGUAAAACUGUUACAUUGAAGCUUAAGAAUGUGAAUUUCGAAGUUAAAACCAGAGCUUCAACUGUGCUGUCUUCUGUUUCUACUGAGGAGGAAAUAUUUACUGUUGCUAAAGAUUUGUUAGGAACAGAAAUUGAUAGUGUUGCUCCUCACCCUCUACGGAUAAGACUUAUGGGUGUACGAGUAUCAGGAUUUCUAACUGAAGAUGAAAAGAAAUACCAACAAAAAAGCAUUACAAGUUUCUUAAAAUCAGGAAAAGAAAUUGGUUACCUUAGGCUUCAGCCAGAGAAGUCCAACCAAGAGUAUUUCACAAAAAAUUCAGAAGCAACUCAUAGAGGGAGUUUUUUUGAUCAAAAGCGAGCAGCAAGACAACUAAACAGUGAGAAUAUUUCUCCAAAUGAAAGCAUAGGUAAGCAGCUGUUUCAUGAUGAUAGAUCAUCAGCAAAUAUUGUGGAAGAAACAAAGAAAGACGCCGAUUUACAGAAUUCUAAUGUUUGUAAGAUCUUCACCUGUCCUGUGUGCUUUGAGAAACAAAGCAGCAAUAAUUUGGAAGAACUUAAUAGACACAUUGAUGAGUGCCUCAAUGGGAUGUGUGUUAAAGAUACUGUGAAAAUAUCCAAGAAUGACAGUUCAAGAGCAAAUACAUCUAACUUUCUUCCACAGUUUAAAACUGAGUGGGUUGAUAAAUGUCAAAAAAAUGAAACAUAUCAAUUAUCAGGAACAGACCAGUCUGCAAGUGUAUCUGACAGCUCUACUGACAAUAGCACAGAAAAAUUUGCUCAGAUAGUACCUGAUAAAUCUCCCAGAGAACGACAGCCUAACAAUCUCAGUGACAUUGCUAGAAAUGUGUGUAUGAAACAGUGUGUCUUCCCCAAACGAAUGUCACAAGACAAGGAAGACCAUUUUGACAAGACUGAAGAUAAAGAAGGAAGUAGUUCAUCCUGUUUCUUUGAAGCCAAAGAAGACAGUGUUCUUGUUUGUCCAGUUUGUAAUUCAGAACAGAAAACCACCAAUCUAAUGUCAUUUAACAGACAUGUUGAUAUCUGCUUAAAUAAAGGCCUUAUCCAGGAGCUAACAGAAAAACAGGAUUUUCCAACUAAGACUUAUAAUGUGGAAAACUCAAACAGAAUUUUCUCUGGAGGUUUAAGCAAAGGACAGCAAUACACAAAUCCUUCACAAGGAACAAAAAGGUCUGGACUAACAGCUUCACAGUCAGUAUCUAAAAAACCCAAGGCAAGCAAUUCCAAACAUACAAUCAAAAUGUUUUUUAAAUGAUUGUGUAGCAACGUGUUCUACAUGAAGCAUUUAAUAGAGAUUUAUGACUGCAAGUUAAUUUAGCUUUGGCAGUAGGCUGGAUUCAGGUGCCUGUCAUUUUGGAACCAUUCCAUAUCUGUGUAAUAAGAACAUGAUAUCUGAGAUAGAAGAAGAGGUAAAACGAAGGGGUUUUUUCUUUUCUUUUUUUUUUUUCUUUUCUUUGGAGAAUAAUACUUUUAUUUCCACUUGUUUCCAAGAAUCAGAAUUUGGUAGCACUUUGAUAUAGCUCCCUAGAAUACACAGGAAUCAUUAGCUAGGGUGCUCCACUGUACUUACUGAAGGCCCUCUUCCCACAUCUGAACUUCCGUCUUCCCUAUUGUAAAAAUAAAAGUGUGAGAUUAACUGUAUGAUAACAAAGAGGAGUUGAGUUGCUCAAUUUCAGCUAAUGUUUGUCUUCGUAGUGGACACAAAAAUGUGUUAGUCUCUCACACAGAAUAAGAACAAGAACUUAGAGCACUAUCAAGCUCUCAUUGUUACUGAAAAUUACUUCAGUAAGAGUUGAUUGACCAGAUCUGAAGGACUUGUCAUGGUAUGAUAUGCAACAACUUCACUUAUUUGAAAAAUGUUUAAAAAUCUGUUAAGUGAGAGGAUUCGUCCAGGAUACUCAGACAAAUGUUGAAUGAUGAAAAUGAUGAAUGAUGAAAUGAUGAAAAUGCCGUUUCAUCUUUGGCCUUUCCAAAGGGACUGAAAACUUUUACAGUUUGAAAUUGUUACCAGUGAGUAGCACUAAAUUUCCUCUAAAUAAAAGGUUUCAUGGUGCAAUAAUAAUGAAUUACAUGCAAAUACAAGAUAAUGAACUUUCUUAUUGUUCAGCUAUCUUUCUCUUUUAAAUUAUUUUGUAUUGCUGAAUAAAGUGUAUUCUGUGAGUGCAUAUGUGGAAAAAGGAAUGUAAGUGCAAAUAUUUAAAAUGCUCUGUUUAGAUUUUUUUCUGUUCACAUCAAAUUGUUUAAAGACAUUUUAUUAUAAUCAAAUAUUUAUCAGACAAAUAAUUUAUUAUAACAUAUUUCUUAGAAGUUAUACAAACAUUGCCAAGCCCUGUAGGAAAUAUAAAUUGCUUUUUUAACUGCAAGGUCUUUUAAAGAAGUGGCUGCUGCAGAAGCAUCUAUUUUGCUGUUCAACUGUAUUGAGAUUUCCUUGCUUUUUAAUCAAACAAAUGUAUACAUUCUAUGUGUUAGAUGCUCAAGCUCAGUUCAGAAUAUGCUUUCCUGUUUCCAGAAUGGCUGGAAUGAUUACACCAUCUCUACCUGCUUAUCUGUUUGUCAGAUGCCACUGUACCCACAGCUCUGUCAUUUGAAUUCAUGUCAGUGCUCCCUUACCUUCUUUGGACCAAAUCAGCUGGACUAGUUCAAACUUUAAAUUGACUCAGUCAGCUUUUUCAAACUGGGUCAGUGAGCACUCAGCAUGAGCUAUUCUGUUGACAGGCAUGGGAACUUCUCAUAGGAAAGACAUAAAAGCAACUGAGGGAACAUAAGUCUGCCAACUGCUGUUUAGAAAGUGAACACCUAUCCCUUUUUUAGUUUGUAUCUCUGAUUCAAUAAAGUGUAGAAUCUAAGUA